AUUCCAAUCAGAUGGUCUUAUAGCAGCCAGCUACCUGAUUUUCUCAGCACUUUAUUUUGCCAUGCAUUUUGUACAGGGAAAGCAUUGCGUUGGCCGAUAUCAUCAAACUUGCACACAGGGCCAGCUGCGGAGAGAGCAGAGCAGCAUGGGAGAAUAACUAUGCAACAUCUUUUUAAACUCUUGCGAGGGGGUGUGACCUAAUCGGUGACUAGAACAUUAUAGUGUUAGGAAUGCGCAUUUUUAUUCCCAACGCUAGAGUGUUAUUUAAAAUAAUUGUUGCAGCUCUAACCAUUUCUUUCCCCUUGUUUCUGAUUUCAGACAAUGAUCAAUUAAGAUGGAUUUCUGCGCACAUGAUGACGAUUUUGAGGAUUCCAUUGACACACAAUAUGUUAUUCAGCGAAGUUUGCAUGAAGUGUUCCGAAAGACACUCGUUACUGAGAGUAUGGAAAGUACAAGAUUAUUGAGUCCUGAAUAUGAGCAGAUUGUCGCAGCGAUAAGGGUUGGUGAUGAAAAGACUUUAACAAAAUUAUCCUGCCACCAGUUUGCAUUUGAAGAGGCUGAUGAUAGAGGCUGGACUCCCCUCCAUGAGGCAGUAUGCCAGAAAGAUAAAAAUAUAUUGGAAAUUACAUUUAAAUCCUCCGGUUACAGUGUGUGGGGACAGAGAACGUUGAAAGGGGAAACCGCGCUCUUCUUGGCUGUUGACAGCAAUAAAUUGGAAAAUGUUAAUUUUCUGCUAUCUAACAGCUUUGAUCCAGAUGUUCAGAAUUAUGCAGGCGAUACUCCACUAAUUGCAGGUAUACAACGUGGGUCUUAUGAUAUUGCUUCCCUCCUGCUGCGUUUCAAUGCAAAUGUAAAUUUAACUUGCGCCGACAACAGGACCGCUUUACAUGAAGCUGCAAAAUUGGGCAAAAAGGAUAUUGCUGGUCUCCUACUCCGGGCCCACGCUGACCCCAAUGCUGCCAGCAACUUUGGGUUUACACCGCUGGCACUCGCAGCCCAGAAUGGACACCCUGACAUUAUGGAAAUGCUAAUUCUGAAAGGUAGUAAUGUUGUGGCGCAGGCAUCAGAUUCUGCUUCUAUUCUGUUUGAAGCAGCAUCAGCAGGGAACCCGGAUUCAUUAUCUCUAUUGCUGGAAUAUGGAGCAGAUGCCAAUGUGCCAAAGCACUCUGGGCACUUACCUAUACACAGGGCAGCCUACAGAGGGCACCUCUUAGCACUGAAGCUCCUUGUCCCAGUGACAGAUUAUGCAGCAAUUAAAAGAAGUGGUAUCAGCCCUAUUCAUUCGGCAGCCGCUGGAGGACACCCUCAGUGCCUUGCUUUCCUCCUCAAAUCUGGGUUUGAUGUUAAUUUCAUGCUGGACCAACGUGUACGCAAAGGCUAUGAUGAUGAAAGGAAAUCUGCCUUGUACUUUGCGGUUUCCAACAAUGAUGUUACUUCUGCCUACCUGCUCCUGGAUGCAGGGGCCCUUCCUAACCAGGACCCAGUUAAUUGUCUCCAGGUGGCCCUUAGGAUGGGGAACUACGAGUUGGUAAAUCUGCUUCUACGGCACGGGGCCAAUGUGAACUAUGUCUGCAAAAUAAAUCCCCUCCAUUUCCCAUCGGCUUUACAGUAUGCACUGAAAGACGAAGUCCUGCUCCGAAUGCUACUCAAUUAUGGCUACAACGUCUAUAAAUGCUUUGAUUGUCCAAGAGGAGAUAGUUCUCAUGUUCCGUAUGAUUAUGAAGGAUGGACCUCCACGGUGAUCAAAGACACAAUGUUCUGUGAAGUGAUAUCAGUGAACUGGCUUCGACACCUCUGCGGGAAUGUGGUUCGGGUCAUGCUGGAUUAUAUGGAUCAGGUACAGUUUUGCUGUAAACUAAGAGAGGUGCUUCUGGAUCAUGAACUUUGGCCGGAAAUCAACAGCAUAGCCACUAACCCUCGCCCUCUGAAACAUCUCUGCCGCUUGAAGAUUCGGAAGUGCAUGGGUCGCCUACACCUUCGCUGUCCUGUUUUUAUGUCAUUCCUCCCACUGCCUGAUCGCUUGAAAGAUUACAUUAUCUACAAGGAAUAUGACUUAUUUGGCCAAGGUGUCUUUACUUGCAGCUGGUAAACCUGCCAUUGUCCCACCCACAGAAUUAAAUCUCCCAGUUCUUCAGCCUCAACAUAAAAUGUAGGUUACUUGUUUUUUUUUUUG